AUGAUUCCGCCAGCACAUUCAACUCACACCUUUAGGUCGGAAUGUGAAGAUUAUACAGAAAGCGACGAUGAAGGACAACGGGAUUAUAAACCAGGAGGUUAUCACCCCGUCAAAAUUGGGGAAGUGUACCACGGCCGGUACCGAAUUGAGGCGAAGCUCGGAUGGGGUCACUUUUCGACAGUGUGGCUGGCGAGUGAUUGGAAGGUACGUACGCCGGCACCUCGAUAUGUGGCCAUCAAGUUCCAGAAGUCAGCGCAUCACUAUUUUGAGGCGGCGCAUGACGAGAUAGAGUUGCUGAAGACGAGUAACUGUCCUCCGAUUCGUGUGCCGAGUUAUGCGGAAUCGGCGAGCAAGGCCUUGGAACUGGCGACGCUUCCGGCGGGAAGUGGGGUAGUGGACCUGGUGGAUUACUUUGUGCAUGAAGGACCACAUGGCACACAUGUAUGCAUGGUGUUCGAGGUCAUGGGACCAAACCUACUCCAGCUCAUCAAACAAUACAGUUUUCAAGGAAUCCCAUUCGAUCUGGCACGCAAGAUUUCCGUACACGUGCUAGUGGGACUAGACCACCUGCACCGACGGUGUCACAUCAUUCAUACUGACCUCAAACCGGAAAAUGUACUCGUCUCACGAGACGUCAUACCUCUUACAACCAACAUGGUCCAGCACCUGCAGAAAGAACACCAGGCACAAACAACCGAACAGCAGUCACAGAAUACAGGCAACAAUACCAAUCGCAGGAAUCCACCUAAAAGUAAAACCUCCCUCAACAACAAAUUGUCCUGCCCCCCGAGUGCGAAUGCCCCCCGAGUGCGAAUGCCCCCCGAGUGCGAAUG